UGUGCGCAUGCGCAGGGCGGAAGAACAAGAUGGCGGCGUCCACGCGCAGCGUCUGUGUGACUCUCAGUAAGAGUGUGUGGAGAAGAAGCACGUUCACCUCUUCAGGCGCGAGGAUUCAGACCGCAGCAGCAGCGCGCGCACAGACACACAGCAGCUCGCACACAGGAGGUUCCGUGAUCGAGAGCACAGACGAGUUCUGCUUUGUGGAGCGACUGAUUCCUCCGGUACGCGUUCCACCGCCACCCAAACACGCAGGCCCCGCCCCCUCAGGAUGGACCCCGCCCUCAGAAACCCCUCCGGCGCUGCCCUACACCAUCCGGCGCUCCAGAAUGCACAACGUUCCCGUUUACUCCGACAUCAAACACGGAAACCAGAAAAGCACCGUCGUGAGGAAGGUGGAGGGAGACAUCUGGGCUCUCAAUAAAGAUCUAAAGGGACAUCUGCAGCAGCUGACGGGCAGAGAGCCGCCCACCAAGGUCAACGAGGUCACCAUGAGCAUCCGCAUUAAAGGCCAGUUCGAUACGGAGCUAAAGGAGUGGCUGCUGAAGCUGGGCUUCUGAUCCACACAGAAUUAUUAUUAUUAUUAUUACUGAUAAACUUCAAUAAGAUUUAAUAAAGAACAGCUAUGAUUGUGUAUAACACCAGAUGUGUUUCCUGAUGUGUAUAGCUGUGUAAAAAUAAAGGUCCACUGCUAAACAGA